CACAGUGGAGAAGACGAAGCAUUGAGAGGGAAAAGAAAAACGAUGUCGCAGCUCUUAAUCUUAUCAUCUCCUCCAAUGGCGGUUUUCUCCAAACCCUUCAUAAACUAUAAGUUCACAGAUGCUCGUUUUCUCUCUUCUCACUCAAUUCUCACCUCCGGUGAUUUCGCCGGGAAAAUCAUCCCUGUAAAACCGACGGCGAGGUUGAAAUUAACGGUGAAGUCUCGGCAAGAUGAUUACUUUGAGAAGCAGAGGUUUGGUGACUCGUCUUCUUCGCAAAACGCCGAAGGAUCUUCUCCUAGAUUUUACGUGGGUCAUUCGAUUUACAAAGGGAAAGCUGCUCUUACGAUAGAGCCACGAGCACCAGAGUUUGUGGCUUUGGAAUCUGGUGCGUUCAAGCUGACAAAGGAAGGUUUUUUGUUGCUUCAAUUUGCUCCUGCAGCUGGUGUUCGUCAAUACGAUUGGAGUAGGAAGCAGGUCUUUUCGUUGUCGGUUACAGAAAUCGGUAAUCUAGUUAGCCUUGGGCCAAGGGAAUCAUGUGAAUUCUUCCAUGAUCCAUUCAAGGGAAAAGGUAGUGAUGAAGGUAAAGUGAGGAAAGUGUUGAAAGUUGAGCCCCUCCCAGAUGGUUCUGGCCGCUUCUUUAACCUGAGUGUUCAAAACAAACUCUUGAAUGUAGAUGAGAGUGUAUACAUACCAAUCACUAAAGCAGAGUUUGCUGUUCUUAUCUCUGCUUUCAACUUCAUCUUGCCGCACCUUAUAGGCUGGAGUGCAUUUGCUAACUCCAUCAAACCAGAAGACACUAACCGCCCUAACAAUGCAUCGCCUAAGUAUGGAGGAGACUAUGAAUGGAGUAGAUGAUUAGAGGUAACCUUGCAUACUCGGUCCAUCCCAUCAUCUUUUUGUUCUUGCAAAUCAAUGAGUCACCAAGAGCUGUUCAAGACACAGAACGGAAAGAAAAGUAGCAGCAGAGACUGAAGUAGCGUUUAGACCAAAUGUGAUGUGUUGUUGUGUAGGAAAUAACUCAUAUUUUGUAAUAGACAAUCUGUCUGUAU